AAUCCGUGAAAUUGGUUUUGAAGCAAAAAAGGCUGAUGCAAAAUAUAAAUUGGAUGAUAGAUAGUUUGUGAAAAUUCAAAGAAAAACAUCCAUAAAAUAUGAAACGAGUGAAACAGUGAAAAAGGUAUGAAUCAAAUUGCUUAUUGUGUUGUUUAUGUUGUUGCUACAAUUACAACGGAUAGCUGCCACACUUUGCCAGCAACUUUUAAUUCUCUACACCAAAUGAAAAAUUGCCUGCACGAAGGCAAAAAGCAAAGCUAAAGGUGAGCAAAAUAGAAAAGCAUAAAGCACCAGUAAAAGAAAUCUAAGCUGGUCGAAAAAAGAAAAAUUGUGUGUAUGAAUCCUAAACUGAGGAAGAUCAGAAAUGUUUGGCAGUAGCAGCAAGAAACUGUAUAUUAAAUGUCAAAAGCAAAUAGAAGGCCAAUACAAUAAAAUCUUGUGAAGUGUGUGAAAAACCUAUGAAAAAAAAGAAAUUAAAUAAAAUUGUUUAGUGUAUCGUUUUGGUUGCUGCCUAAAAAAAAACUAUAUAAACAGAAAUUGUGCAGUGAAAUUGGUUAGAGCAACGAGCCAAAAAAUACAAGUCAAAAUAAAAAAUAUAGGAAAACAGUGAGAGAGAGAGAGAGCGCGCAAAAGCAGUUGAAAAGAGUAUUUGUGCUACUGCUGCUGCUGCAUGUGUGAAUCAAAUAUUUAUAGCUAUCGCGUAAAAUUAUAAAAAAAAAAAAAUAAUUAAGAACAAAAAAAAAAGGCAAAGAAAACGCACUCGCAGUGAAAUAAGAAAACUCAUUUGAGACGUCUUCAGCAGCGAUAAUGUCGACAACUUCGUCCAUUGAAACGCCCACAUCUCCAAGCAUUCCAUUGCCACCCCAUCAAUCAGUACAGCAUCAACAUCAUCCUCAACACCAUCCGCAUCAGCACACGACCACAGCUAUUGUUGUCAGUUCUGGCGCUGGCGCUGGCGCUGGCUCUGGCUAUCAUCACACAAAUUCGGCCAACAAUUUCACUCAAUUUAGCCGUCAUCGCACCCAUUCAUCUUCGUCCUCAUCGAAUAAUUCCUUUACGGGCGGCGUCACUGGUGUUGCCUCGAUGAAAUCAAGCAUAACUGGAGUUAACAUCAAUAACGGUAAUAGUAACGGUAUUGGUAAUAGCAACAACUACAACCCAAAUAGUAGCAACGACGGCAGCUGCAGUGGUAGUGGCAACAAUCCCAAUCAAUCGACUCACUCCUUACUGACCCCGUCAUCGUCGACAUCCUCAUCACCUUCAGUGUCGGCCUCGGCCUCCACUUCGGCUGCUGUACAUAAUUCACAUCAAUAUUCACAUCCGUACCAACAACCACAACAAAAUCAUCAUCAUCAUCAUCAGUAUCCCCAGCCACAGCAGCAGCAGCAGCAGCAGCCGCAACAACAACAACAACAACAACAACAACAACAGCAACAAUACUCUUCAUAUUCGCAACGCGGCGUUGCAAGGCCGUCAACGUCAUUCACGACUCCUGACGGCACCGUGACCGCUGUGGCCGUCACCGCCAUCUCGACUAAUACGCCAGGCAGCAUGAAGCGCCAUCACACCGACGUAUCGGUGUGUUCGUCCGGCUCUUCGUCAUCUUGCUGCUCCAGCACCGGUUCGGUAUCAGCAGUCGGUGUCAUGGGCGCCGCUGGCUCCACAGUGAAUGCUGCCAUCGUUACUACACCAGCUGUGGUCAGCAGCAGCGGCGGUGCACUGAUUACGCAGAAAUUGAGCAGGACAAUUCCAUCAGAUAAGGUGAGUAGGCAACAACUAAUCGAUAAGUAA